AUGGGUGAGGGAAGAGGCAGUGCCAGUAGUGCAAGUGUUAUUACAAUGCUACUAUUAUCUAUGUUUGUGUUUCAUCUUAAUAUGAUUCAUGCUGAAACAUACAUUGUUGGUGAUGGCCAAGGUUGGACUUUUGGUGUUCAAAAUUGGCCUGCAGGUAAAACUUUCAAAGCAGGUGACAUACUCGUUUUCAAUUACAUCCCUUUGAUACACAAUGUGGUGAAAGUGAACGAGUUUGGCUAUAACUCAUGUGUGGCUCUUGGAGGAUUUGGGUUGCAUGUAUCUGGAGCAGACAGAAUUGCACUUACUAAAGGAGCAAACUACUUCAUAUGCGGUGUUCCCGGUCAUUGUAAUCGAGGACAGAAAAUUGCAGUGAAUGCUAAUUAA